AUGGUACGCGAGGCAUUGAAACACGAAUUCCUCCUCGACACCCUCCUCUCCCUCGCCGCCUUCGACAUGGCCGUCGAGGCCGGCGGCCAGACCGACGCGGCCGAGUAUUAUGCCGGUGCCGCGCUGGACUACUACGACCGUGCCGUGCGAGGUUUUACCGCCUUGGUGGGGGCCGAGACGGAGGAAAACCACCUGGCCAUGUUUGGUUUCGUCUCCAACAGCCUGAUGCUCUGCUUCGUCGUGCCCCGGUUCCGAGCCGCAGCCGCAGACGACGACGAGAAUGCCCACGCAUCCGGGCCGGGACGCCGCACCCUGGGACUCGUUUUUGAUGCUCGGCCCACCUUGCAGGCGGUGACGCAGAGAUGCUGGUCGUGGCUGCAGAAAUCGCCCGUUCACCUCGAUGCCUUCUUGCGGCAGAACUUGCCGUACAGUGAACUCAGCACCGACGUUCGGCAGAGCAUGGCGCGCCUGAUUUGCGUAAACGACGAUUAUAAGUCGCAAAGAAUGGCCUCGAACGCUCCGGAGACGUCACCAGACCUUGACCACGAGUCCUACGAGAGUGCCAUCAUGCAGCUCGAGGGCAUAUUUGCCCGCGACAUCGACGGCACCGUCAAGGGCACCGUCAUCACGUGGACCCUGCUUGUCGACGCGCGCUUUGUUGCCAACUUUACCGGUUCUGAUCCCAUGGCCCUCCUGAUAGCCAUGCACUGGGGCGUGCUCGUCAACGAUCUAGGCAAGCUGGCUUGGUGGGCCAGCCACGCUGGCAGUGACCUCAUUGCCGAGCUGUCCGCCCUCCUUCAAAGUUCCGCUUGGGCAUCGAGCCCCAUGUGGCAGGAGAGCAUCGCUUGGACACGGGAGAAAGUUGGCCUGCCUGGCAUCAUACGUUGA